AUGUUUCCUUAUGGUGACUCAGCCGCAAGGGAUACACAGGAUGGAAACACCUUGAAAAAAAAGGUCAAACGUCGAAGAGGGGCAUGCGAGAAUUGCCGUCUUCGAAAAGUACGAUGUAGUGGUGGACAGCCAUGUGCAGCCUGCCAUUCUAGAGACGAGGAUUGUCGUUAUACUUCUUCAGCUGCGCCGUCCUCACAGUCCUGGGACGGAAAUGAACAGACCCAAGUGCCUUUUACGCUCGAAGGCGCCUCUAUGCACUUGUCAACUCCCAUUGGUGGCUCAUUGCCUGACAACUUUAGCCUGGAUAGCGUGCAUUUCAACCAGCCACAAUCUACUGCUGCUGGGACAUUCAGUCUACCUUCAGAUUGGCAGCCAGCUUGGACGCAGAACACAUUCCAGGGCCUUUCUGACACUACUAUCAACUCAGAUCUAGGCACACUCAACGUGACUGAAGAAACCUGGGAAGAUCAAAUAUCUUUGUUGAGCGAUUCAUCGCCAUCGAGGGUGGCCUGGAGCACACCGAGGCGUAUGAACUUUACGGAAAGAUUGUCAGCAUUGGAGGUUCACGACCAGGCACCACAAGCCAAUGGCGAGCUAGGCAUCGUAUCUAGUGGCCUGCCAAUUCCAUUCGAGACGGCCCAGAUUGCGAAACCCCCCACUCAAAAUGAUGAGUUGCCAAAAGCCGCUGUUGAUAUCAGCUUUUCAGUCUCAGCUUUAUUUGGCAUCCCAAAAAAGAUCUGUCAAUCACUCGAACCGUCUUCGGGUGCCAAGAUUGAAGCUUUAUUUGAGAAGGCUGUCUCCCAUGCAUCUGGUACUAGUGGUAUCAGUGCAGUUAAAUUGGGGGACACUGCUGACUUGGGGAAUAUUGAAAACCUCUCUGAAGAAUUUAUUGACGGUAUGUAG